UCAUAAACACCAGUAGCAAUCGCGUACAUCAAGUCUUUGGGAAGGCCGGAAAAACGUCGUGCGGGGUUAGAUGCUCUCACAAAUCGCUUGAGUCAUGGCGAAAUUUUUACGGCUAUCCAUUGUCUUCCUUCUAUGGCUCUCAGUUUUCGUUUCAGAGACUGCUAUGGUGAAAAUUCAUCGCGCUGUGCCGCGAAAUGCCAAGCAAACACGCGCAGAUUCAGACUUGAGUUGGUUUGGUUUUGAACCCUGUAAAUUUCUGCCUGACUUGUCGAAGAUGUUCGUGAAGAAGGAAGCGUGGUUAUACUCGAUUCCGGCCACAAUUCUCGUUGGAAUGUGCGGUAUAUUUCCUCUUCUUGUGAUUCCUGUGGAAGCUGGACAGGCUUUGCGAGAAGGCGUCACAGCGGAUCAUCUGAAGUUGCUUUUAAGUUUUGCUGUCGGUGGUUUAUUAGGAGAUGUUUUUCUUCAUCUGUUGCCAGAGGCUUGGGCACAUGUUCAUGAAGGAGAUCCACAUACCAACCAUUUCUAUAUUGGCUUUUGGGUGCUGGCUGGAAUGUUUGGAUUUUUAACUUUAGAAAAAAUAUUUGCUGAAGAAAAUGAAGAUGAAAAAAGUCUCAAGGAGAAGGACAAAAGUGAAGGAAAGGAUGUCACAAAUGGUGCCAUUUCCAAUGGAUGUGCUCAUCAUGAAAACUCAGCAAAGAAGAAAGAUGCAUGCAAUGGAAAACUUCAUAAUGGGACAGUUUCAAAUGGAGACGUUAAAAAGUCAGACACACAUCUAAGGCAAAGAAAUAGAGAUACUUCAAGUGACAGUAGCACACCAAAUGGAACAGUUCAAGAAACAGAUCUUCAAGAAACACAAGACACAAAGGAAGAAAAUGUUAAAGUUAUCGGAUAUCUUAACUUGUUAGCUAACUCAAUUGAUAAUUUUACACAUGGCCUUGCUGUGGCUGGGAGUUUUGUUGUCAGUACAAAGGUUGGAUUGUGUACAACAUGUGCAAUUCUUUUGCAUGAAGUACCACAUGAAGUUGGUGACUUUGCUAUCCUUUUAAAAUCUGGGUUCAGAAGAUGGGAUGCAGCAGUAGGACAAAUGGUUACAGCAUCAGCUGGACUUGCUGGUUGUGUUUUUGGACUAAUAGCUGAUCAUGCAGGAGAUUCAACGGCCUGGGUUCUUCCCUUUACCUCAGGAGGCUUUAUCUAUAUUGCCUUGGUGACCAUUGUUCCAGAUCUUUUAAAGGAAACAAGACCAAAGGAGUCAAUCAAACAGACUAUCAUGAUGAUUGCUGGAAUCUCUUGUAUGGGGCUUGUCUCACUGAUUCACUAGACUAAACUUUUCACCAACUGUAGGAAUUUUUUUACCAGUAGCCCAUUCACACACAUGGAAAUGUUUGCGUUUAUAUUUGUAGUAUGGGACAAGUAAUUGAUAAUUAAGUUUAAAGAAAAAAAAAAAAAACUCCUUAAAAGUUAUUUUCGCUCAACUGUAAAAGCAAUGUUCACUCUUAAUUCUAGAAUUCGGAGACAUAAUGUACAGCAGUAAUAAACGAAUAAAUAUAAUUAUUUUAAUGCAAUUACCUUUAUAUGUAACGUAAAAUUGCUAUUUAUUAACAAGACAAAGGCAAUGCUAGAGUUGCAGUAAGAAUUGAUGGUUAUGAAACAGAGCCUAAAAUAAAUGACUGUGCUUUUGUAGUUCAAAAAAAUUCCAAGCAAUUGAAUUAGAACAGGGUAGUUGA